UGAUAGAUUUAUACAUUGAAGGAAUCUUUUAAUGUAAGUUAUUAUGUGAAUGUUUGCAGUAAAUGGACAUUUGGAUAGUUAUGCUAUGUUUAGUUAAUUGUAAAACGAUUUAGAAGGUGUUUCAACAAUGAAAUGUAGACAUAUAAUUAUCCUACAAUUAUGUUUUAUUUUUGUACUAUGUGCCAAACUGUCUCGUAAGCAGCUAGAACAACGACUACAGGCAAUGCAGACACUGAUAUUUCAGGAUGCGCAAAUCAUGAAAGAAGGGAUCCGUAACAAUGCUGAAGGUAUCAAAACGUUAGCUGAUAGCAUGAAGAAACAUUUUGAUUCCCUUCAAGAGACCUUAUCAAUUCCUAGGAAUACUAAGACACCUAAUGCGAAACGACCAAUCGGAGAAUUACAAUACGACCCUAAGCCACAAAUCAACCAGUCAGAUAUCAAAAGAUUGCAGCAAGCAUUUAAAGAACUCAAAAUGCAUUCAUUGGCAUUGCAGGUUAACACAUUUAAUCAGUUGGAAAUUGCACUCAUUGAAAAACAAGAACUGUUUAUGAAAAAUAUUUCUAUAUAUCUUGCAAAUAUGGUGUCCAAAUCGAACACUGAACUGAGUGAAACUUUGAUAUCCAAUUUACAAAAAUUUGCUUCCUGUACCGAAAAAGUUCAAGGAGGUAUAACAGAACCACCAUUGGCUGCAUACAGUCAAAUUAUAAAGAAGGUUGAAUCAGUUUUGGAAGAAGUGAUUAAAGGACAAUCAAUGAUAUCAGAUCGUCUCUCGUCAUUGAAUACCCAUCAAACGAAUUCAGAGAACAAGAUCGCAGCUAGCUGUUUCAACGUAGUUUAUGCACAGAAACCUGAUUUUGAAGGUGUACAUGACCAUAAAUGCUAUAAUAUUAGUGCACAGCCAAGGAAGAAAGUGACUUUUCAUUGCAACAAUAAAAAUAUUCGACUAGGUGAUGCAAUAAUUACGGACGUUGCCGUUGAGGGACGUAUUGAAGUCAGAUAUAAUAAUCAUUGGGGCACUGUAUGUGAUGAUGGUUUUGAUGAGCAAGAUGCUAUAACCGCAUGUAGGUCGGCCGGAUUUGCAAGAGGUGUAGUCGAAAAUAGAGUCCCUGCAGGGUCUGGACAAAUUUGGCUUUCGUAUCUUGGUUGCAAUGGUGAGGAGUUCGAUAUAUUUGAUUGUAGCAGAAACCAUGGUAUUGGACAUCAUCAAUGUUCUCAUUCCGAAGACGCUGGUGUUAGAUGUUUUUGGUUGCCUUAAGUGAUUUAAGAAUGCGGCUGUAACAAACUUGACUAUAAAUAAGUGACCUUUGUGAUAGGAUGUUCUUCUGCAAUCAAGCGUAGUCGUGUAAUCCAUUUAUGAAACCCUUCAGAAAUGUAUAUAUUCUUGUUCAAUGUUUGUUACUACAAAUCACCAUGUACAGACUUAAUCAAACUGAGUAUGCAAUUGUCAAGUAAUUGUGUUGUCCUUAAUGCUUCCGAGAAACACCAUUAUCCACAUUUUUUACAUUUAUAGACUACUCAACAUUUCUGUGGAGCUCUAUGCAUUCUUCAAUGAUUUCGUAUGAAGAUUUGUUUAAUUUGAGUCAAACUAGAAUUUGUAAUGGAGUAUUGCAAGGAUCUGUCAAAAUGUAUUCUCCCAAAAAUAAUUUUUUUCCGGUUAAUUGAAAGUGACUUAAAGGUAAUUUAUGUGUUAUAAAGUGUUUUUAAAAAAGAAAUCACAUUAUUAAAAAUAAAGUUUUGUAAAUUCAUGCUGAGAUAUCCGUGAAAUAUUUGUAAAGCAAAUACCUACUAUUGAAUUGUUUAAUAACCUAUGUGAGCAAAUUUAUUAAUAUUUCUUUUUACAAUAAAAAACGGUUUACCUA